ACAAUUUUUUUGUCCGGCAAGAAACGUCUCUUUCCUUGCAUUGCCAAUGUCGGUAUGUUAUUGACACUGAACAGCAAGGAGUGCUAACCAACGAGGAAUAUGCAGCCGAAUUAUUUUUCAGUUUCAAAUGUGGCAUCAUUGAUAGAGGCGUUACAUUUCCUUUUGCACAUACAGACGAUAGGAAGCGUGAUUUCAGGAUUGCAGUACUGUGCAGUUUUUGUGUGUACGUAUCGUUCGUCUUUACACCAGAUGUCCUCUGCGGCGCCCCGUCGUGAGGCGAAGAAACAUACCUCCAGCUCAACAUUGCAUUUCUGCCAGUCACGCUGCACGAACGCUUCUUCGUCUGCUUGGUGCCUCGUGAAGCAAAGGAUCGAAGGCUUUUAACUUUUGGUGACGAGUGCGUUUACGUUUCGUUCAAAGUUUCGCAUUCGUAAGUCGUGAGAGGAAAUCUGAGAACAAUUCGAAUACUUGCUGGAGAAAUCGCCUGUGGAAAGCAUGGGAUCGUCAAGCUCGUCCAUGUCAGACUCGAGGAGUACCGGUGGGGUUUACACGAAAAAAUUGUAUUUCGAUCCUAACGCGGAUUCACCCGUGGGUCGUGAUUAUUGGAUAACUGAUUCUGAAUUACGUGAAAAACUGUCGGAGCUGGUUGACGUCACAGAGCGUAUUAUUGAGGUUAGGUAUUACAAGCACCCACUAGGCUCCUGGCAGUUGAUAGAUAAUGUGUUGCAUCACGCUUUUAUUGUAUUCGAAACGAACGCGUGGUGGUGGUCCAUUGAGAAAAACUCUGAAGGCGUCACCAUUCAGCGGUCAAAGGACCUUGACAGCGUUUGUUAUAGAUACAGGCGAACCAAGCGCACAACCAGUAUCGGCAAAGGAGUUGAAAAGGUGAAGGGAGCAUCUGGCUGGCUGGAAGCUGGAAGUGCGACAGUGAUGGAGCUCAUCAAUCACAUUUGGAGGAAAAAUUAUCUCAAUCAGGAAUACAAUUUUCUUACAUACAACUGUCAACAUUUUGCUGAUUUGCUUUAUGAGUUCAUUUAAAACUAUUCUAGUCAUUCCAUUCUUCGUCAACCUGUUGUGUUUUUAUUCACCCUUGACUCAAUGUAGCGUUGUAGCCCAAGAAACCAGUGCAAACCCAUCUACUAUGUGUGCAUAAUCAUGGAUUGAAUUGGUUCGUAUUAUUUCAAAAGAAGAAUAAUACAAUUGGUACAUUAAACUAAA